GAAGCAUCUUACACUUGGACGGGUGACCUGCCGCAAGUGGCCAAGACUAUUUUGCAUCAGCAUGCCAUUCAAGGUGACAUCACCGAGUGCCAACAGGCAGUUUGUCGAUGGCAAGCCUACAGCAGGAAACACACAGAGCAUCCCCUCAGCUAUGACCUUCUGUAUGACCUUUUGAUUGACCUGGAGAGGUUGUAUGAAGAAGGAGACUUGUCUAGAGAAGAGGAAGAGAGUUUGGCUCAGUCUUUCAACUAUUUCAUCGAGUACAGUAAAAGUUUGCUGAGAAAGAUCAGAGACGUCUACCCGCCCACCAACAAGGCAGCAUUCUCUCGGUUGGAAAUGAUGCUGAAAUGUCUUUCAAGUUUGCAUUCUGCUGCUAUCUUCAAGAAAUGCUGUCCAUUUCACAGAGAGCUGCAUUCAGAAAUUCUAAGUCUGGUGAAG